AUGGCAGCAACGACCCAUCCAACACCAAGAGCCAUGGCAACAAUACAGACUGCACCAGUUGCUCUACCACGCGUUGCAAUCACCUACUGCACUCAAUGUCGCUGGAUGCUGCGAGCGGCCUAUUUUGGCCAAGAACUCUUAUCAACAUUCGGAACACAAAUUGGUGAAAUCGCCUUGAUCCCUGCGACUGGGGGGCUUUUCACAGUGGAACUGACAUACGUUCCAUCUGUGGAACAAGGUCACAAUGCUGAAGCAACAAAGGUGCUACUCUGGGAUAGAAAAGCCGAAGGCGGAUUCCCAGAAACCAAGGUACUGAAGCAAAAGGUGCGGGAUUGCAUUGACCCUUCGCGGGAUCUGGGGCACUCGGAUAAGCACGGUAAGAAGAAGGAAGAGAAAUUAGUCGAAGGAGACAAGGCCAAGGCCGAAGAAAAAGGAGCAGGGCAGGAGAAGAGCCAGGAGGUUGAAGUCAAGAGGAAUCCAGAUGGAACCAUUUGUGAGGAUUGUAGAUGA